AUGAUGUCGCUUCUACGUCCCUGCCCGCUUUCACGGCAACGCGCUUUUGGCCAAGUCCCUUCGCGGUACCGGCAAAAGAUAUCUCUGCGCGCCGAUGCAACCGGUCUAGGCACUAUUGCCGCAACGCUCCCCAUCGUUGCAGUUGGAGGGGUUGCAGCAUGGAAGUUCGCUCUGUAUGGGCAGCUUGAAUACAUCACAGCUUCUAUGCUAACAAACUACGUACCCAAAGGGGAGCCCGGCCCACGAGUCAUUCAACUGCAGGGCGGCACACGAGAGCUCUAUUAUUACCCUAAAAGCACGGUACAAGUGACGGUGGUGGGCGAAAAUGUCAACAAAGGGCUUUUAGAGCAGGCCGGCUUGCAGGCUGCCGUGCCCACCGUGGCCAAGCAGCAGUCCCCGGCCAACCUAGGCUUCGCGUCGGAUGGCAGCGUGGACGCAGUGGUUUCAUUAGGAGCUGUGGCGGGUAUGAGCGAGCAGCAGCGUGCGGUCUUCACCACGGAGGCACUUCGAGUCUUAAGGCCCGGCUGCCCCAUAAUCUUCGUGGAACGGAUACCCGGCGGGCUGCCCAUUCGCUUCCUUGGGGCCUCCAGCGCCACACUAGCCGAAUCGUACCUGCAAGGCUGGAAAGAGCGGAAUGACGCAUUCGAGCUGGUUCAGUGGGACGUGGCUUUGGAGGGCCAGGACCCACAUGCAGUUGGAGUUGCAGUCAAGUCGGCAGACUAUCGAGCGCCACUUGUGAGCAGACGUGCGGAAAAGGCGGCUGAGAAGGCCGAGCGUGAAAGGGCGGAGAAGGACGCUCGAAAGGAGAAGUCUCGAUUACCUAAGAAGGGGUUUGAUAAGGUGGCUGGACAAUGA